GUAAUCAACAUUAUUUAAUGUUAUUGGCAACUCUACAGUUACGCAUAUCGGGAACACUGCAAGUCGAAGUCUCCAUUUUUUCUUCCCAUCGGCAUAAUCGUCAUCAACAUUUGCUUUUAGUGAAAAUUUUGUCGUUCAUUUCAUUUUACAUUUAACUGUCGAGAGAAGUUGUUUAGUUUCUUAGGGAGUUGGUUUUAUUCGACGGGAACGUGAAAUAUCUUCAGUCAGCCAAUUAGAGCAGAGAUAUCAUAAACAGAUAAUAAAACAUGAAGUUCGUAAUUUGUUCGCUGCUACUGGUAGCAGUUAUUGCAUCGGGCGCCUACGCCGCUGAAGAAGUUAAAGUAGAAGAUGGUGUACUUGUGCUGACUAACGAUAAUUUCGAUGAAGUCAUUAAAGACAAUGAAUUUGUGUUGGUGGAAUUCUACGCUCCAUGGUGCGGACACUGCAAAGCACUCGCACCAGAGUACGCUAAAGCCGCACAGGCUUUGGCCGAAAAGGAAUCCCCCAUUAAAUUGGGUAAGGUCGAUGCUACUGUCGAAAGCAGUUUAGCCGAGAAAUUCCAAGUGCGUGGUUACCCUACACUGAAGUUCUUCCGCAGCGGUGUCCCCGUCGAAUACAGCGGUGGUCGUCAAUCAGCUGAUAUCAUUUCAUGGGUCAACAAGAAGACUGGUCCACCAGCCAAGGAGUUGAAGUCUGUCGAAGAAGCUGAGAAAUUCUUGAAGGAUAAUGAGAUCGCAGUUGUUGGCUUCUUCAAGAACCAAGAAUCCGAUGAAGCUAAGGCUUUCGUUUCAGUUGCCAAUGCUCUUGACACUUUCGUUUUUGGUCUUGUCGGUGACGAUGAAGUUAUUUCCCAUUAUGAAGCUAAGGACGGUGCUGUUGUACUCUUCAAGCCAUUCGAUGAAAAGAAAGCCGUAUUUGAAGGCGAACACAAUGUUGAAAACAUUAAGAAAUUCGUACAAGUGCAAUCUUUGCCCUUGAUUGUAGAAUUCAACCAUGAAUCAGCCUCAAAGAUUUUCGGUGGUACAAUCAAAUCUCAUCUGCUUUUCUUCGUCUCAAAGGAAGCUGGCCAUAUUGAGAAGCAUGUUGAUCCAUUGAAGGAUAUUGCCAAGGACUAUCGUGAAGACAUUUUGUUCGUCACUAUUUCUUCCGAUGAAGAAGAGCAUCAACGUAUCUUUGAAUUCUUCGGUAUGACCAAGGAGGAGGUACCAACCAUCCGUUUGAUCCGCUUGGAAGAAGAUAUGGCUAAAUACAAGCCCGAAAGCAAUGAUCUGUCUGCCAGCACCAUCAAAGAUUUCUUGCAAAAGUUCAUUGACGGCAAAUUGAAGCAACAUUUACUGUCACAGGAUGUGCCUGAGGAUUGGGACAAGAACCCCGUUAAAGUGCUGGUCGCUAGCAACUUCGAUGAUGUCGCUUUGGAUAAGAGCAAAGAUGUGCUUGUUGAAUUCUAUGCCCCAUGGUGUGGUCACUGCAAACAAUUGGCUCCCAUCUACGAUCAAUUGGGUGAGAAAUUCAAGGACAAUGAAAGCAUUGUUGUUGCUAAGAUCGAUGCUACUGCCAACGAGUUGGAGCACACCAAAAUCUCAUCAUUCCCCACCAUCAAACUUUAUCGUAAGGGUGAUAACAAAGUCAUCGACUACAAUUUGGACAGAACUUUGGAUGAAUUCGUGAAAUUCCUGGAAGCUGGCGGUGAUGUUUCACAGAGCGGUGAAUCCGAAGAAGAGGUGGUGGAGAAACCCGAUGAACACCAAAAGGAUGAAUUGUAAAUAUUUAACUAACACCAACUUAAAAAUAAACUGAACAGCAGCAAUCCAGCAGCAACAAGAAAACAUUUACAUUACCACCUUUAAUACGAAUCAUGUUAUAGAUAUUUUACAAAAACAAAAAAUGCAACGGAACAUUCUUACUUUUGUGCAAGUGCAUUUUCUUCUUAUCUGCUGUACCAUUGUAGUUUUUCACAGGUUUACAAAAUUGCGUUAAAUAUGUUCCUUCCAAUAAAAGGCAACCAGAGAAACGAAAAGAGGAAGGACAACAUCAGCAGAUCUUUAUUUUUUUAAUAAUUACAAUAAAUAUUUUUUUGUAUUACGUUUUAAGUAACUUAAAAAAAAGAAAACAAAAUGAAAAAACGAAA